UCGCAGGCCUGCAAAGCGCUGAGAAAAAAGUACCUCGUGGUCUACCUGCUCGCGUUCUUCGCGGACUGGCUCCAGGGCCCCUACGUCUACGCGCUCUACGCGUCGUACGGCUUCUCCGAAGCGCGCAUCGCGUUCCUCUUCGUCGCGGGCUUCGGCAGCUCCGCGGUCAUCGGCACCUUCGCCGGCGGGCUCGCGGACCGCGUGGGCCGGCGCGCCUGCGCCGUCGCCUACUGCGCCGUGUAUGUCGCCUGCUGCGCGUGCAAGCACUCGAACGCCUACGGCGCGUGCCUCGCGGGCCGGCUCCUCGGCGGCGUCGCGACGAGUCUCCUUUUCAGCAGCUUCGAGGCGUGGUGCGUCUCCGCGCACGCGAAGGCGGGCGAGGCCGCCGCGCUGCCGGACCUUUUUGCCGCGGCGCAAUUCGGCAAUGGCCUCGCGGCCAUCAUCGCGGGGCAGCUCGCCCAGGCCGCCGUGGACCGCGGCGCGCCGCUGACCCGAGCCGGCGCGCUCUACUACGGCGGCGACAUCUGGCCCUUCGACCUCUCGGCCCUGGCGCUCGUCGCCUGCGGCGUCGCCUGCGUUUCGACGUGGGACGAGAACUACGGCGACCGCGAGCGGCCGCGCCGCUGGCGCCGCGCCGUCGGCGACGCGCUCGAGGGCCGCGCGCUCCUCUGCGGCGUCGCGUCGUCGACCUUCGAGAGCGCCAUGUACAUCUUCGUCUUUUUAUGGACGCCCGCGCUCGCCGGGGCGGACGAGCCGCCGGAGGGGCUCAUCUUCUCGACGUUCAUGGUCUGCGUCAUGGGCGGCUCGUGCCUCGCGAAAGGCGGCGGCGCGCGGCGCUUCGCGGCGAACUCGGCCGCGGCCGCGCUGAGCCUCGGCGCCGCGGCCGCGCUCGACGACCGGCGGUGGAAGCUCCUCGCGUUUCUGGUCUUCGAGGUCUGCGUCGGCUGCUACUGGCCCCUGGUCGGUGCAAUUAAGGCGCGCGUCGUGCCCGAGGAGAGCCGGGCCGCGGUCUACUCGCUCUACCGCGUCCCGCUCAACGCGUGCGUCGUCGCCGUGCUC